AUGGCCUGGGCUCACAGGGCUGAGCUGCAGGCAGAGGCUCGUUCCCUUCCCACCAUACAGGAGGAACCUCAGGAAGAAGAAACCAGAAAAUUGUCACCAUCACACCAGGACAGGGGGGGCAAGAAGAAGGAGAAGAAGGAGGAGGAGGAGGAGGAGGAAAGGAGAAAAGAGGAAGAGGAGAUGAAGCAAGAAGAGGAGGACAGGAAAGAGGAGGAAGAAGAGAGGCAGAAAAAGGAAGAGGACAGGAAAAAGGAGGAGGAGAUGAAGCAAGAGGAGGAGGACAAGAAAAAAGAGGAAGAGGAGUGGAAGAACGAGGAAGAGGGCAGGAAAAAGGAGGAAGAGGAGAGAAAGACAGAGGAGGAGAACAGGGAAAAGGAGGAAGAGGAGAGGAAGGUAGAGGAGGAGGAGGACAGUAAAAAAGAGGAAGAGGGCAGGAAAAAAGAGGAGGAAGAGGAGAGGAAGGAGGAGGAGGACAGGAAGAAAGAGGAAGAGGAGAGGAAGGAAGAGUUGAAGAAGAAAGAGGAGAAGAGGAAGAAAGAGAAGGAGAGGAAAAAAGACAAGGAGAAGAAGAAAGAGGAAAAGGGGAAAGAGGAAGAUACGAAAGAGGAGGAGCAGGAGGAGAGUGCAGAACCCCUGCUGCAGCCUCCUUGUCUCCCCGCUGAGGAGGGUGUGGAUGAAGCCUGCCUUGCCCAGGAGGCCCUCAGGCUUGAGCAGCUGGAGGAAGCUGAGAUAAGUAAUCUGGAAGGUGCCCUUGUGCAGGUACGGCCCCGCUCCCUGCUUGGGCUCCCUGCAAUGAGCUCUUGCUGCCCUGCAAGUGCUGGGGCUCAGGGCUUCUCCAAGAGGGACAGCAGGCUGGGCUGGGCACAGGACGUGUCCCCAUCCCUGGAGGGGACAGCAGAAGUAGCUGUGGCUGGAGGGAAGGCUCCUUUCACCCUACAGGGUGGGCGGAAGAGGAGACAGCUGAAGCUGAUGCUGAAGCAGGCUGCUGGCAGCAUGGCCAGGCGGGCCCGGGACGUCGAGCUGCACCAGCUGGUGCAGGACAAGCCAGGGGCUGGCAGGGACCCCUCCCCUGCCGGCUGCGGGGCUCGGGAGCUGCUCCCCAAUGUCCCCAAUGUCCCCAAUGUCCCCAAUGUCCCCAAUGUCCCCAAUGUCCCCAGCUCCCGAGCCCCCGCUGCCGCCCGCGCCCCCCGCCCUGGCGCCAGCAAGCCAAAGGCUGGACUUGUCAACCCCAAUUUUUGCACUGAGGAGCAAUCCCCACUAGGAGACUCCCCCAGCGUGGAGAUGGAGGAUGGGGACAGCCCAGGCCGAGCUGUGGAGAUCCAGGGCAGGCACGGAGCGCUGCCAGCCCCCGAGCUGCUGGCGGUGCCCGGCGCAGCUUCCCCCAGGAGGAAGCGACUGCUCCCAGAGGAUGCUCUGGACAAGGGGCUGGUGAGUCAAUCCCCCAGCAGAGUGCUGGGCUGGGAGGAGGAGCAGAGGGAAAGCCCGCCCGGGCGCUGCGGCUCGGCCUCCAGCCUGAGCAGCGCCGCCAUCAGCAGCCGGCUCCAGGAGCUGGUGAGGCUCUUCAAGGAGAGGACUGAGAAGGUGAAGGAGAAGCUGAUUGACUCCGAUGUCACCUCGGAUGAUGAGAGCCCUGUGGCAUCUCCCACCAAGCCAGCACCUGCAGCAGCACUGGUGCCUGCCCCAGGGGAGCUGCAGGGGGACAAACCUUUGGGGGAUGACCACUACUGCGAGAUGCUGUGCUGCACGUUCAAGCACCAGCCCUGGCUGGACCGCCUGAAAAGCUACAAAUUCCCCAGCAGCAUCGACCCCCUCACCAAUCUGAUGUACGUGCUGUGGCUGUUCUUCGUUGUCAUGGCCUGGAACUGGAACUGCUGGUUGAUCCCUGUCCGCUGGGCUUUCCCCUACCAGACUCCAGCAAACAUCCACUACUGGCUGCUGGUGGAUUACCUCUGUGACCUCAUUUAUCUGCUGGACAUCCUCAUCUUUCAGACCCGCCUGCAGUUCGUGCAGGGGGGAGACAUCAUCACUGACAAAAAGGCCAUGAAAGAGAACUACCUGCGAUCACAACGCUUCAAGAUGGAUGUGCUGUGCCUCCUGCCCCUGGAUUUCUUCUACUUCAAAGUGGGUGUCAACCCCCUCCUGCGCUUCCCUCGCUGUCUGAAGUACAUGGCCUUCUUUGAGUUCAACAGCCGCCUGGAGGCCAUCCUGACCAAGGCAUACAUCUACAGGGUGAUUCGGACCACUGCCUACUUACUGUACAGCCUGCACGUGAACUCCUGCCUCUACUACUGGGCCUCAGCCUACGAAGGGCUGGGCUCCACCACCUGGGUCUAUGAUGGGGAAGGAAACAGCUACAUCCGCUGUUACUACUGGGCAGUGAAAACCCUCAUCACCAUCGGGGGCCUGCCAGACCCCAAGACCCUGUUUGAGAUCGUCUUCCAGCUGCUGAACUACUUCACAGGCGUCUUUGCUUUCUCUGUCAUGAUAGGGCAGAUGAGAGAUGUGGUUGGUGCUGCUACUGCAGGACAAACUUACUAUCGGAGCUGCAUGGACAGCACCAUUAAAUACAUGAACUUCUACAGGAUCCCCAGGACAGUUCAGAACAGGGUGAAGACGUGGUACGAGUACACGUGGCACUCCCAAGGCAUGCUAGAUGAGUCAGAGCUGCUGGUGCAGCUGCCAGACAAGAUGAGGCUGGACAUUGCCAUCGACGUGAACUACAACAUCGUGAGCAAAGUGGCCCUUUUCCAGGGCUGUGACAGACAGAUGAUCUUUGACAUGCUGAAGCGGCUCAAAUCAGUGGUCUACCUGCCCAAUGACUACGUGUGCAAGAAGGGAGAAAUAGGCCGUGAGAUGUACAUCAUCCAAGCGGGACAAGUGCAGGUGCUGGGGGGACCUGAUGGCAAAUCCGUGCUGGUGACUCUGAAAGCUGGAUCUGUCUUUGGGGAAAUCAGCUUGCUGGCAGCAGGAGGGGGAAAUCGCCGAACAGCGAACGUCGUGGCCCACGGCUUCGCCAACCUUUUUAUUUUGGAGAAGAAAGACUUGAACGAGAUUUUGGUGCAUUACCCGGAGUCUCAGAAGCUGCUGCGUAAGAAAGCCAAGAAAAUGCUGAGAAGCAGCAACAAGCCCAAAGAUGAGAAAGGAGGCCCCGGAGAUCCCCUGAUCAUCCCCCCGAAAGCCGACACCCCCAAGCUGUUCAGGGCUGCCCUGGCGGCCACAGGGAGGAUGGGGGGCAAGGGGCCCCUGGGGCGGCUCCGCUGGAGGCUGAAGGAGCUGCAGGCGAUGCAGGAGGCGCAGGGUUCCAGUGUCAGCCCAACACCACCAAAAUCACCAGUGCACCACAGAUCGCCUGUCACAGCCCACAGAGCACAAACACGCCUGGGAGAGGAAAUAUCCUCAGAAUCUCCUGAUCAUUCAGUCACCAUUCGUGUGAUUUCCACAGCAAAAGAAGAUGAGGAAAUCCUUGCUGCUGAGAUUUCAGAGAAAGAUGAAAAAAAAGAAGAGCAAUGAAAGAUCAGCAGGUCCCGGGGCAGGCGUAGGAGUCAGGCAAAUGCCUGGGCUAGCAGAUUUUUCUUGUUAAUGAUUUCCAUGCAGUGGCUGUAGGCUUUGCUAUGUGCUGUGGGUAGGAUCUGCCUCUCUCUUCUGCCCAGACCCUCAAUCACUGCUGAUAAAACCCUCUGCUAUUUGACCCAGAACCAUAUAAGGUUUCUCUGCUCUGCAGAUCUAUUGAGCACCUUUAUGAAUUUCCCACUAAAUCUCAGGUCAGCCUCCUUGUUUUGAAAUCCAGCCUUGUGGAAGGAGAGCUACGGAAAAAUUGCUUUUUAUGGCUCUGGAUGGUUAAUGAGUGUUCAGACAAAGCAUGAAGAGUUAUUCACCUCUGACAGCUGAGUCACUGCUUGGCUAGAAACAACCAAGGGAAAAAAAAACAACAAGGUUUCUGUGUUGGGCUCAAGGUUGACAGCAGCAGUGGGGAGUGAUUCAUCUGAAAAGGAUGUGGACUAUGCUCACAGGCCAAGCAUGGAGCAAAUCAAGCUGUCAUGAGAGUGCCAAGCUCUGUCCCCAAGUGCACAGACUGCAAGAUGCUUGAGGAUCCCCUCAUGGUGCCAAGACCACCUUGGCUUUGCCACUGGGAAGAAUUCUUGCCAGCUGCCCACUCUGGGAAGGUUGUGGACUCUCCAUUAAUGGGGUUUCUUAUGGGGAGAUUUGAUGAGCAUCUUUCAAGGAUAGAGAAGCACAAUCCUGGAUGAGAGGUUCCUGGAGUUCUUUUCCAACACUGGGAUUUGUCUGUGCUGCCACUGCUGGGAGGGAUAAACAGAGAGCAGGAAGGGAGAAGCUGGGUUGGUUCCUAGCUGGGAGGGGAAAGAGAAGUGCAAUAGGUGUUCUCAUUUCCCAAACAUUGUUUCAGAGCCUGUAACAUGCCAGCACGUGUGCACAAGCUUGCAGGUGCUCCCCUGCACUCAUUGCUGGACCUCAGUGACAUCCACAUUUCCAGCAAGCAACUUCCAGCCCUUCAGCCACUUCAGACUGGCUCUUGGCCACAUUUCACACAGAGACAAAAGCCACUCUGGUCCUGCUCAUCACUGGAGUCAUGAAGUCACUCUCCCAGCUGUGCUGGGACCGGGUGCUGGAGGGGAAGGCAAACAUCAGGUCAGCAGCCAGCACCCAGCUGAUGGCUCAAGGUGUCCCAUCCUCUUCCAGCACCACCAGCUCCUUCCUCAUCCUCCUCAAAGCCAGCACCCAGCAGAGCGAGCUGCUGGUGAGCUGAGAAGAGGUGAGAAGCAGUGCAUGGAUGAGGUUUUGCAGAUCCUCCCCAGGUUUUUGGCUGUCCGUGUUCCCACAGCACCACUGGCUCCGUCGAGAGGAGCCACUCGCCGCCCUGUGGAGGAAAAGCUGGGGCAGGUUUUGCUGCAGGGAGCAGCCCUGUCACCGUGGCCAAGGGACUUCUCAGGUGUUCAGAAAUGCAGUGAGCAGUGCUGCAGGUUCCACAGGUCUGGCUGUGGCACAGUGAAGGGUGGCAGUGCUGGUGUCACCCCCUGGGUGAUCCCUCUUCCCAUCAGCAGCACGGGGCUGACCUUCACCUCCUUUGGGAUCUUCUUUUGUUGCUUUUCCCCUCCUCUCUUGCAAAAUGUAUGAGUUUCUGUGGCAGAAAAUAAAGCCAGAAUAGAUGUUAGCAUUAGCUAAUAAUGUCUUGCUUUCUUUUUAAACAAAUUUAAUGAGCUCCACUGCACUGCAGGAGGGUCUGAAGCCAUCACACUGCAGGGGAGAGCCUGCACUCACCCAGACUUCCCUGAAAAUUUCUUAUCCUCAGUCAUUUGCAAGUGGUUUCCUCCCAGGUAGAAGAUUUUGGUAGGGAGUGCAAAGUUUGGGAUUUUUUGCACUCUUUAAAUAAAUAUUUAUAUAGUGAAACCAGGAAAGAUGCAAAAAUCAAACUGGAGCUCUUAUUUACUUCUAUGAUUUAAUAUUCUUUAGAAAAAGUGUUUAAAUAAACAGCGGGCUGUAAUUGCUCUCAUAAUUCACUGCAUCUACAAUAAACACCAUGUAGAUUACCA